AUGUCAUUCAAAACCUUUAUUUUUUUAAUAUUUGCAACAUCCAUAUUAAUGAUAUCAAAAUUAUCACCAAAAACUUUUAAUUUAAAAAAACUUGAUCAUCAUAAAAAGUAUCCAAACCAUGAGUCAAUUAAUCAUAUGAUUUUUCUCCAAAAACGAUUGGAAUCAGGUAAAAUACUUCAAAAAAAUCCUGGAAUAUCAGUGGCACAGCAAGAAGCAACUUCUCAGACAUUAGAGAAUGACACAUAUAAACAUUACGAAGAAGAAAGUGAAGAUUGGUGGGAGGUUUAUCGAUCAUAUGAAUAUGAAACAACGGAUAAUCUUGAAAAUUUAUUUAGAGUUGAAGUUGAAGAGGCUCAAGUCAUUCAUAAACAACAUGCCAAAUUAUACGACUUACAAGUAGCGGAAGUUAGAACUCAAGAUACAGCAUCACAAGGAGAACUUCAUGCAGGAGUUGGCUUUCAACAAGACCAGGCGAAUUAUGACUCUAAUACAAUUGAUACUGCAGGGAUUGAACAAAACCAACAACAGGAUUUAUUAGAUGUGAAACAAUAUCAACGAGUUCAUGUUCUUCAAUAUGCUGCGACCGGAAUGAUAAUUAGGGAAUAUGAAGAAGAGCGAUUAGCCGAGUAUCAAUAUCAAUUAGAAUUAGAUGUGUUCAAUCAAUGGGAAUAUCAUAGCGAAAAUGAAAAUCAACAAUCGAGUGAAUUGGCUUUGGGUUUGAAUUGA